AAGCAAGCAGCCGUCCUCCUCCUCUUCUAAACCUAAAAAACAAACAGCCGAGAGAUCUUCUUUCUUUCAUUCUACGAUUCAGCUGGGAGGGAGGGAAGGUAAGGUUCAAUCAGCCAGCCAGCAAGCAAGCAGGGGGAUUGACGAUUGUAACUACCUGGCUGGGGAUUAUAUUUGCUUUUUGGGGGUCUUCUUGAUUAAGAAAGACAAUGGCUGCUUCUGCAGAUACCUUGACAUCUGACCAGCAUAAAGCGGUAACAGAUGACUGGACAAUCGUUUUGCCACGUCGCAAGAAUCACAAACGAAAACUUCCUAAACUUAAAACCACAAUACAACAACAGCUAGAACAAACACAUUGGACUCCAACCGAUCUCGAAACGACCCCAGAAAGAGAACUACACUUAAUGCAGAAGAUGCAAAUCUGUAUUGAAAAACUCGAGAAAUCUCGUUUUUUCAGUGUUUUUCUAGAUCAAAUUGUUACUUCCGAAGCGUCAGACCAUUUUCGUAAGGUUACAGGAUCAGAACACAAAGUAAACAUGGUGAUAUACGGUAUUGGUAGCAUUGAAUCCUUCGAAUCACCUCGUUUACAGCUUAGCCUCGCGAUUCUCAUGAAAAGAAAACUUGAUUGGGUUGGAGAAAUAGAGGUUUUCGAUCCAAUCAUUUCGUUGACUGAGUCAAAGGUCUUGGAGGCGCUAAAAUGUCAUGUUCUUUCGGUGAACGAGCAAGGCAUGAGAAAAGUUGUGAACCCGAUUCUGUUUUUCAUGCCACAUUGUGAAGCCGAGCUAUACGACAAUCUUCUAAAGACCAACUGGAAACAUGACAGUUUGAACAAAAUCAUAUUGUUCGGCAACAGCUUUGAGAAAUACGAGCAACAUCACUCUGUGGUCCGGGGUUCAACGUUGGAUGAGUCGAGGAAGCAUUUACUUGCCAUACGACCGUUCACCAAAGAGUUUGAAAUUUCUACCGUCUCGGAUGAUUAUUUUCGAGCCUUUCAAGGUUCAAGUUGGCAUUUUUUUAGUGUUGACCCGACUACAAACUUGCAUCUAUUAUGCUAAAAUUUAGUAUCUUGUUAUUGAUCUAGUAAUUGAAGAUUGAAUGCUGCUGAGAUAUCUCUAAACUUGAUUUAUUGUUUCUUUUUAAAUCGAAGUUUUUAUAUAAUUUGGUUUGGAA